AUGGCACCCUCACGGACACCAAAGACGACAAGGAAGCCUUACCGGCCUGAAGGUAGUGGCAGUCAAUCUGGUACGCCUGGUGUCCAAAAGAUUAAAUCAUCGCUAAGACAGACACGAAGACUGCUCGCAAAGGACAACCUAGCGGCAGAUGUACGUGUCACAACAGAGCGCCGGCUAAAAGCUCUGGAGGCUGAACUCGCUGAGGCAGAGCAAAGUAGGAAGGAACGAGCACUGGGAAUGCGCUAUCAUGGAGUGAAGUUUUUCGAAAGACAAAAGGUCCUCCGGAAAGUGAAGCAGGUCAAGAAGAGACUUUCCAGCGCUUCCCAAUCCGAAAAGAAAGCUGUAGAGUCAUCUCUUUUCGAUGCACGCGUCGAUCUGAAUUAUAUCUUGCAUUACCCCAAAACCAAGAAAUACAUAUCACUCUUCCCCCCGGAAAUACGACAUCCCGAAACGCAGUCAAAUUCCACCGACUCAUCGGAAACCGAUGCGCAGAGACAACAAAUUAAGGAUCAAAUACGGCAGCAGAUGCUUGGUGGAGAGCUGCCUCUCGAACCUGAGCUACACUUGUCUACGGACACCAGCAUCCUGACAAAAAAGCGAGUAUCCAAACCAAGUAAAUUCACCUCCUCUGCUCCUGUGGCCGACGCAGAGCAAGACGACGACUUUUUCGGUGAUGAUGACGAAGAUGACGAUGAGGGUUCAUGA